GGCAAAGUACAUCUGUUGGACUACGAGAGCAAGGGGUGUGCAGUCACUACUCUUGAAGGACAUAAAGCAGCUGUUAUUGGGGCACUUUUUCAUCCAAACUUGCCAUACCUAUUCACUGCAUCAGCAGAUGGGGCCAUCAAUAUUUGGGAUGCUUCAAAGUACCACCUAUAGCACCUUGUAGGUGCACAACCCUGAAAGGUCUCACAAGCCUGGCUGUCUGUAUGAAUUACAAUCAGCUUUUCAUCGGAGGUGAAGGGAAGUUGCUCGUUGUAGAGGUGAUUCCUUUUGUCCAAGGUUUUGAGGAAGCAGUGAAUAUGGAGUUGGAGAAGGCUAAACAAGAAUCAGAGAGAAACCUUGCAAAAAACAGGAUAGAACACAAUGAAAAAGUUCAAGAAGAGAAAAUGCAUGCAAUGAGAGUCCAAGCGAAGAGGAUGAAGAAACUCAAACGAAAAGUAGGUAUGCAAGUGCUAAAGAUCAGGGAACAGCAAGCUGAGAUAAAACAUCUGACCGCCGAGAAGUUAGCAGUAGAAAAGGAAUCGGAAGCGCAUGCGACAACAGUCAAGAACUUAGAAACUGAGAUGAUCAUCUGGGACAUGAGACAGUAUGCAUUUAGAAAGAAACACGAGCAACAAGAACGAAUGCAAGCGGAAAAGAUAAAACAACGAGAAAUUGAAAUAAGUGGUCUGGCUGUUGAUUUGUUUGCAUUGGAGGAAAGGCUUCAGGAAGCAAAUGAGAGGGUUAGGGAACUGGAAUCGCACUUAGAAACUGAGCUAAGCAAUCGGGAUAAGAUACUGCAUGAGUUCAGAUCGAAACAUGAAAAACAAGAACGAAUACAAGCGGAAAAGAUAAAAGAACGAGAGAUUGAGAUAAGUGAACUAGCUGUUGAUUUGUUUGCAUCCGACGAAAGGCUUCAAGAAGCAAACGAGAGGGUUAGGGAACUGGAAUCUCAUGUAGAAACUGAGCUAAGCAAUUGGAAUAAGAUACUGGAUGAGUUCAGAUCGAAACAUGAAGAACAAGAACGAAUACAAGCAGAGAAGAUAAAGAAACAAGAAAUUGAGAUAAGUGGUCUAGCUGCUGAUUUGUUUGCAUCGGACGAAAGGCUUCAAGAAGCAAAUGAGAGGGUUAAGGAACUGGAAUCUCAUGUUGAAACUGAGCUAAGCAGUCGGGAUAAGAUACUGUAUGAGUUCAGAUCGAAACACGAAGAACAAGAACGAAUACAAGCGAAGAAGAUAAACGAACGAGACAUUAUGAUAAGUGAUCUGUCCCUCGAUCUGUUAGCCUAUGAAGACAGGCUUCAUAAAGCGAAUGAGAUGGUUAGGGAAUUGGAAUCUAUCUUGGAGAAUAAGGUCAACGAGCAGGAAGCAUCAAGGAGAUCUGGUGGGGCAUCGACAGGCACUUGGAGAGCGGACAUUCAUCGCCGAUUCCAUUAAUAUUCAUUCAGAAAACUCAGUCUGCAACAAAGAACUUUGAUGACAAAUCGUCUCUCAAGGAACGACAGAACAAAGAUGUUUACGCCGA